AUGACGAUGGUCAUUGAGAACCAGAACCGCCAGUAUGGCGGGAUGGGCUUUGACAACGUCUACCACGGCAAUAUGCAGCACAGCAAUCCACAGUUCUCGGAUCCGUGGUCCGCUACCCAUACCUCCUCGCACCCGAACCCAUCCAUGUAUGCGACGUCCAUGGGGGCCAACCACCUGGGUAUGAACCACGUCAAGCAGGAGGAUGUGACCAGACCAACCGCCAUUUCGAUGCCGUAUUCGAGCAUCCCCGUGUCAGCUCCGUCGCUGGUGGCCGGGACCACCUACCACAAUGCGGCCGGUUAUGGCAGCUCUCAGAUGCUGGGAAUGCAGCAUGAGAUGCCCCGGACGACUUUCGAACAGGCCCCAACAUACACCACCGCCUUUACGCCAGCCAACUACGCCCCUAUGAACUAUGGACAGACUCUGCACCAGCAGCAGCAACAGCAACAGCAGGAUGCGCGCAGAAUCUCUCAUGCAAACGACGCUUCUGUCGCCCACUCGCAGACGCCAACGGCAGCAUCUUUUGGAGAUGCUUUGGAUGCCAGUCGAGGGAUGGUGGCUUUGAGCCAGGAUUUGACUCCUAGGAACAUCUAUGGCCCGCGGAGUUCGCGAGGAUCCGCGGAUUCGUACGGAUUUCCUUCCACGCAUUCCUCAGCCUCGUCGAUUUCGUCGGCCGGGAAUUAUCCAUAUUACAGUGCGUCAGUUGCCUCCGUGGACUCUUCUGUCACCGACUAUAGCUCCACCACUUCAGAAUCCUUUGACAACCUCCCUUCGCGGACCCUGCCCCGUCCGUCCGGCCUCCUGACUGGAAGUGCGCCUCCCGGCCCUCAGUCCAUGAUGAGCCAGUUCAGUUCGAAGAUGCCUUCGAACACCCAGAAGAAGCACAAGUGCAAGGUCUGCGACAAGCGCUUUACGCGUCCCUCCUCGCUUCAGACCCACAUGUACUCUCACACGGGAGAGAAGCCUUACGCCUGCGACGUUGAAGGCUGUGGAAGGCACUUUUCGGUCGUGUCGAACUUGCGUCGACACAAGAAGGUCCACAAGGGCGAGAAAGAGACGGCUUCUGGCGAGGAAGAGGAGUGA